AUGAUUGUAUCAGGUGGAAUGAGAAACUUGUCAAUGAUGGGAGGAGAGAAAGAGAAUGCAGUCUCUAUGAAAAAGAGUAAUGCAUCUGCUCCCCUAUCGUUUAUGCCUCAACCAUCUACUACUUUGAAACAAAAGUCAUUCGUUUCAUCAUCUGCUCCAAGAAAGGCUCUUGGUGAUGUCACCAACAAAGGAUCAUUACCAUCGUUAAAAGAUAAAAAGAUAAUCCUUACAACUGCUCCAUCCUCGACAACAUCAUCCACUCCAUCUUCUACUACAUCACCACUAUCCAAUCUUUUAUUUGUACCUGGAUCACAUGAAUUAAAGAGAAAGAUAUCAGCAGGAAAACCAAAAAUCACAUCAGUCAUUACACCAAAGGUACUGGUUUCGGAAAAGAACAAUAUCAAACUACAAGAACCUCCCAUUGUAUUUGAUCAAAUGUAUCCACAACCCCCUAUCCCUUUAUCGAUUGGUGCAAAGAUAUCAGACAAGACAAUACACUCUCUUGUCAUGACUCCACUUUUAGAAUGUCCUCCAACCUACUCUUAUCUUUUAAAUGAUGAAGAAGAUGAUUUUAAGAGCUUUUGUGUACCUGAAUUAAGUUUGGCAGAACCAUGUCCAUCGCCCAUUUCAAAUUUUGAAGAGGAUCACUUUGAACUUGAUCAACACCAAGAAUCAGAUUCCAAUACUGGUUUUUCUUAUUCAGAUUAUUACAAGGAAAUGAUAAUAGAGAGAAAAGAUAAAGAGGGAGUAGAAAGAGAGAGAGUACUCUCUACUCUCUACUCUUAUUGCAUAUAUCAUCCAACCAAACCAAAUUAA